AGCCAUGAAUAAAAAAGAGGCAAAAACCAGACAGAGAGGAGAGAUAAUGGAGAGUGAGGCUGAAAGCAAAGCUUCAAGCUCUCCCAGCAACUUACAGUGCUUCACCAAAGAUGUUUCCCUACACAACAAAUCUAAAAGAGAGCCUGGAGGAUGGAAGAGCAUGCCUUACAUCCUUGGAAAUGAAACCUUUGAAAGACUUGCUUCAAUGGGACUACUAGCCAAUUUCAUGGUGUACCUAAAAAAAGUAUAUCAUAUGGAUCAAGUUUCCGCCACCAGCUUAAUGGGCUUAUGGACCGGCGUCACCAGUUUCUUGCCCCUCCUCGGCGCCUUUCUCUCUGACGCUUAUAUUGGCCGCUAUUGGACCAUUGCUGUUGCUUCCAUUUUUUCCUUUCUCGGGAUGACUUCCAUGACACUAACGGCAUGGUUACCGCAGCUACAUCCGCAGGGGUGCGUUGGAUCAACGAAAUGCUCAGGGCCGACAGCAUCUCAAUUGGGAUUCUUAAUAAUGAGUCUUUGUUUAGUAUCAAUCGGAAGCGGCGGAAUCAGGCCGUGUAGUAUUCCCUUCGGGGUCGACCAAUUUGACCCGACGACGGAGAAAGGGAGGAAAGGGAUAGCGAGCUUUUACAAUUGGUAUUACGCGACUUUCAUGGUGGUUUUGGUGUUUACUUUGACGAUUGUUGUGUACAUUCAAGACUCAGUUAGUUGGGUUUUGGGAUAUGGAAUACCGACGGGGCUAAUGUUUUGUUCAAUUGUUUUGUUCUUCAUGGGGACUCGUGUUUAUGUGUUUAUAAAGCCCGAAGGAAGCAUAUUUACUGGGUUAGCUCAAGUGGCUGUUGCUGCUUACAAGAAGCGUCAUCUUAAGCUUCCUGAUGAUAGGAAGGGUUUUUAUGACCCUCCGUUAGACCCUGACUCUGUUGUCCUCUCAAAGCUUCCUCUCACCAAUCAAUUCAGUUUCUUAAACAAGGCAGCAAUUAUAACGGAGAAGGAGAUAAACCCAGAUGGAACAAGAGUAAACAAAUGGAACGUAAGCAGCAUACAACAAGUAGAAGAACUAAAAUGUUUAUUCAGAGUUUUCCCAAUUUGGGUAACAGGAAUUCUUAGCCUAACUCCAAUAAUUCAACAAUCCACCUUCUCAAUCUCUCAAGCUCUUCAAAUGAACCGUCACAUGGGACCCAAUUUCCAAAUCCCCCCCGCUUCUAUUAUCGUCAUCUCCUUUCUCACCAUCACUUUCUUCAUCCCUUUCUACGACCAAUUCCUCGUCCCCACUCUCCGUAAAUUCACCCGCCACCCAAACGGCAUAACGGAGCUCCAACGCAUGGCAGUCGGCAUAAUAUUUGCCGUCGUUUCCAUGGUCGUUGCCGGGCUAAUCGAAAUGCAGAGAAGAAAUCGAGCCAACAAUGGUGGGUCUAUAAUGUCGGUCUUUUGGUUAACCCCGCAAUUCUUCCUCAUGGGGCUUUGUGAAGCGUUUAAUAUAAUUGGGCAAAUUGAGUUUUUCAAUAAGGAAUUUCCGGAGCAUAUGAGAACUAUGGGUAAUGCUUUCUCGUCUUGUUCUAUUGCUUUGUCUAGCUAUGUUAAUACUGCUAUGGUUUUGAUCGUGCAUCGAACCACCGGCAGCGGCGGUGCUCAUGGCAGGCCUGAUUGGUUGGUGGAUGAUCUAAAUAAAGGGAGAUUGGAUUACUUUUAUUAUGUGGUUGCGGCAACGGCGUUUUGUAACUUUUUCUUUUUUCUUUAUUGUGCUAAGAAUUACCGUUACAAGGGUCAUGUGUCUAACACUGAACGGGAUUUGGAGCUCGUUAUUAGCUCUGACAAAAAGAUAUUGGACGUGUGAGAAUUUGGCCAUUUGCUUAAUAAUUAAUUAGUUAUACAUUUUCUAUGUAUAAUCAGCUUCACAUUUGGUGUAUAUUUAUAUAAUAUAAUUAAGAAUUUGUAGCUA